AUGCCCAACAUUGUCGUAAUCGGCGCCGGCGUCACGGGUCUCACGACAGCACUGCUGCUGGCGAGGCGAGACGGCCACAAUGUCACCGUGGUGGCCAAGCACAUGCCCGGCGACUAUGACAUAGAGUACACCUCGCCGUGGGCCGGCGCAAAUGUGCUACCGAUGGCCGAAGCCAGCAACGACAGGUGGGAGCGCCGCUCAUGGCCCGAGCUGAAGCGCCUGGCCGAGGAGGUCCCCGAAUCGGGCAUUCACAUCCAGAGGUCCGUCGUCCUCCGGCGCAACAAGGACCUCGCACUCCACGGCACGGCCGGCCGGCGGCUGCCCGACCCCCUCUUCGCCGCCAAGCCUUGGUACGCCGACAUGUUCGACGACUACCGCGAGCUGCGCCCGGACGAGCUGCCCGAGGCCGCCGACUCGGGCUCCGCCUGGACCUGCGUGUGCAUCAACACGGCGCUCUACCUGCCCUACCUGGUCGGCCAGUGCCGCAAGGCCGGCGUCGUCUUCCGCCGCGCCAGCCUCAAGCACGUCAGCGAGGCGCGCGGGAUGAGCCACACGGGCGCGCCGCGGGCCGACGUCGUGGUCAACGCCUCGGGCCUGCUGGCCUGCCGGCUGGGCGGCGUGAUGGACGCCAAGGUGCAGCCGGCGCGGGGCCAGAUCGUGCUCGUGCGCAACGAGAUCGCGCCCAUGAUGACCAUCUCGGGCACCGACGACGCCGAGGACGAGCUCUUCUACCUGAUGCAGCGGGCCUCGGGCGGCGGCACCAUCAUCGGCGGCACCUACGCCGUGGGCAACUGGGACCCCAACCCGGACCCCAACAUCGCGAACCGCAUCCUCGAGAGGGCGCUCAAGAUCCACCCGGCGCUCAAGGGCAAGACGGUCAAGGACCUCGACGUCGUCCGCCACGGCGUGGGCCUGCGGCCGUACCGCGAGGGCGGGCUGCGGCUGGAGAGGGAGAAGAUUGACGGGACGUGGGUGGUGCACAACUAUGGGCAUGCGGGCUGGGGAUACCAGGGGUCGUAUGGCUGCGCCGAGGGGGCGGUCGAGAUUGUGGAUGACAUUCUUGUUAACGAGCUGUCAAGGGUGUCGUCUAAGCUUCAUCUCGACAACAGCAAGUUCCCGGCUGUGCACCAGCCCAUACCUUCCCACACUCAUCAACCCCACCGUCAGAGGUUCCGAGUCCCUCUUCCCAGGGCCUUGAACCCCUACGGCUCGAUCCUAGGCUUUCAGCGCGAUGUGAUCACUCUCGCCUUGGCGCCGCCGACGCAGGUGACCGGCCUCAUCGUGCUCCGAAUCCCACUGCGGCACAUCUUCCAAGGCUACCUGGACCAGGCGGUGUGUGUUGGCGCCGUCAUCCGAGAUAUCUAG